GUACAGUGGUGGUCUGACUUGAGAGCGCUGGGCUAUGGGAGGCAAUGGAAGAAGAGGCUAGUCGCAUCCCGAUUUCACUCAUUUUGACAUUAUUACGAGGAAUCUAAAUGCAAGAAGACGAAAACGAGUUGUGAGUCCCAAACUUGACCGGACAAUGGAAGUCGCUCUCUGCAGCAGUUCCAACUCACCCCUGGGAGUCAACUACGGAGACACAGCGAGUACCUGCAGAAAAACAUCAGUCAGCACCGCCGGGGUACCUACAACUACGCGUGGCUUGAAAGCAACACCUCUGUUUUUGGGAUGCAUAUAAGAGAAAGCGUGAAGAAAAAAACACUGACUACGUAUGUAUAUAUUUCGUGUAACAACUGUGGAAUUCCGCUACUGAUCUAAAAGUAAGGGGUAUACAACCACGUAGUUAAACAUCUCCCGAGAUUGUGACAUUCAUUAAGACACAGAGCACAUACAUUGCCACAUUUAUUACUGAAGGAGGCAUGUUGAAAUUCACAAAUUCCCCUUGUAACAAAAUCCUAAUUGCCGCAAUGGAUCGCAUAGAAUAAACGUCGGAAAUAUCUGUGAUAUCGUAGCCUAACGUGCUGUACCCUCAAAGCAACAAUAACCUGGGCUGAGUGAAAUUCCGCAAACCGCGUUUGCCGCUGUCCGUGGUCCUGAGAAAGUGCUAAUUAUUUGGGUUAUCCGAAUCAAUAACGGCGGUCUAAGGAAGAGGGUUUCAUGGCCUGGGCGGUUAUGAAAAUCUUGUGGUUUUCUUGUGACUCUGGAAUCUGAAAAAAAAAGCAACAGAAGAAUUGCUCACCUUGGAGGUCCGAAAACAUUCAAGGAAUUGGAAUUCUACUCCUAUUGGUGCGCCUGGAGCUGUAGGUAGCCCGAAUGAGACCGGCAAAAAUGUACCGAAUAAACGCUCUCGGGAUCUACUUGUGGGAAACAAUAGUAUUUUUCAGCUUGGCAGCCUCUAAAGAAGCCGCGGCUCGAAAAGCUGCCUCCCCAAUGCCCCCCUCGGAGUUCUUGGACAAACUCAUGGGCAAAGUUUCGGGUUACGAUGCAAGAAUCAGACCUAAUUUCAAAGUUGCAGGGGUCCCCCCGAGUGGAAGAGACCCACAAGGCCCCAAAACAGAAGCUUCUCACAAGAAAGGUCCCCCUGUAAACGUAACAUGCAACAUUUUUAUUAACAGUUUUGGGUCCAUUGCUGAAACAACAAUGGACUACAGAGUGAAUAUCUUCCUGAGACAGCAGUGGAACGACCCCAGGCUGGCCUAUAGCGAAUACCCCGACGACUCUCUCGACCUGGACCCAUCUAUGUUGGACUCCAUCUGGAAACCUGAUUUGUUCUUCGCCAACGAAAAAGGCGCCAAUUUCCAUGAGGUUACGACUGACAACAAGCUACUAAGGAUUUCAAAAAAUGGGAACGUAUUGUAUAGUAUUCGAAUAACGCUGGUCCUGGCCUGUCCGAUGGACUUGAAGAACUUCCCUAUGGACGUACAGACGUGUAUCAUGCAGCUGGAGAGUUUCGGCUAUACGAUGAACGAUCUCAUAUUUGAGUGGGACGAGAAGGGAGCCGUGCAGGUAGCAGAUGGGCUGACAUUACCUCAGUUUAUACUGAAAGAGGAAAAAGACCUGCGGUACUGCACCAAGCACUACAACACAGGAAAGUUCACUUGUAUCGAGGCUCGUUUCCAUCUGGAGAGGCAGAUGGGCUAUUACCUGAUUCAGAUGUACAUCCCCAGCCUUCUGAUUGUCAUUUUGUCCUGGGUGUCCUUCUGGAUCAACAUGGACGCUGCACCUGCCAGAGUGGGACUGGGCAUUACCACCGUGCUCACUAUGACCACCCAGAGCUCCGGCUCGCGAGCCUCCCUCCCCAAGGUGUCGUAUGUGAAAGCCAUUGACAUCUGGAUGGCCGUGUGCCUCCUGUUUGUCUUCUCGGCCCUGCUUGAGUACGCUGCUGUGAACUUCAUCGCUCGCCAACACAAGGAACUGCUACGCUUCCGGAGGAGGAGGCGGCACAUGAAGGAGGAUGAGGGCGGUGAGGGCCGGUUCAGCUUCACAGCCUAUGGCAUGGGCCCAGCCUGCCUUCAGGCCAAAGACGGCAUGGCCAUCAAAGGGAACAACAACAACGCCCCGACCGCCACUGCCGGCCCUCAGGAGAAAACGGUGGAAGAGAUGCGCAAGCUCUUCAUCGGCCGCGCGAAGAGGAUCGACACGGUCUCUCGCGUGGCUUUCCCGCUAGUCUUCCUCAUUUUUAAUAUUUUCUACUGGCUCGUAUACAAGAUCAUCCGAAGCACGGAUGUACACCAGAUGACGUAAGCAAGGGAAGAGAGAGAGUUCAAUACCACACCAUCCUGCUCCCAACCCCAAUACUCCUCGCUCUUCACUUGCUCACUUGCUUUUGGUGGCUAUCGCCUUGGAAUAGGUAAUUUAUCAAUAUUUGUUAUUUUCUUUUAUUUUCCCCCUCUUUUCUCCUGAAUAAUCCGGACCAGUGCAAUAGCAAUGCAGUAAAAUGCAUGAUAUAUGAAUGUGGCAAUAUAUUUACAAAAUGAUAAAGAAGUAAAUAUUAAGACUUUUACCGAUACAUCCAAGUACUUCGGAAUUUAUGAUAAGUGAGAAUUUAAAAAGAAAGAAGAAGUUUGGGAAACAUACAGAACUGUAAUAUAUUAUAUAUCUAUCAUAAAUUUAAAAACGGUUAUUUAUUCAAAAGGCAGGGGUCUGGAUGGAACACGAGGGAUGAGGGACGAUUUAGUGCUUCCAUUAAUAAAGUGAUGCAAGGAUCGUGUGUCCAAUAUAUCUCAAUUAGCUUCAAUGUGUGUUGCAAGCCCUCAACAAAAACGGAGAUUUCAUGUGGUUGAUGCUGCUAUCAACCAUAUGAAGGAAACUUGAUGAGUGGGGGAGUGAAAGUAAUAUUCUAUUGUUUCUAACCGCUGUGGUCAACGUGUUCCUCUAUCUGUCCUUAACUUUAUUUCUCAAUUGCGUAUCGUUUUUACUUUACGUGUCAAGUGUACAUCAUGUUGCUGUAAUCAGCUCAAGCUCUUCUUGGGAACGCUACAUUCUAAAUUCUAAUUCUAAAGGGACAUUUGCCAUCAUUUACAUAUCGUCAUGGUUGCAUACAUUUAUUUAUUUAUUCAUGUGCUUUUUUAAAAAGGAUUUGGUACUUAUAUCAAAAUAUGAUUCAUUAAAAGUGAAUCUACACUGGAAAAGCAUUUUUUUUUUUUUUUAAUCCAGAUUCGUCCUACUCAUUUCAUUGAAGCUGUACGGUUAACAUUUGUUUAGUUCUUUUCAUAGCUUAUUGCUUGUUGCCUAGUUACAGUAAAAUGCCCAGAAGGCGAUGGAGUUAAGGAGUUAAGAUUUAACAAGGAAACACCUACUGUACCUUAACAAUUAUUACCAUUGAUACAUUUACACACAUUAAUAAUGUAGCUAAAAACUCAUUUACUAAAUAUGCCUAAAGAUAUUCACUCAAAAUCAUGGAAAGCGGUUUGAUACUUUAACGGCAAUGAUUAACACAAUAUUCUCAUUGGUGUAUCAUACAGUACAUUUUAUAGAUCACACCACUACAGUAAACCGUGCCACUGAUUGAUUGAUUGAUUUAACUAGUCAGUGGCUUGAUUUAAGAUACUAAAAUCCAUUACUUCUCACCAGGCUUUUCUAUGCAAUAAUUAAAUAUAUGCAAUUAUGUUUUAUUAGCUUUACCAUUUACAACACAUUAUAAUGAAUCUGUUUGAACUUGUGUGCCAUCAAGUUUUUUAAUCUCAGACAUGACAGUGCUCAUAUUUCCAAUGGUGGACAUACAUACAUACAUACAUACAUACAUAGAUGCAUACAUGAGGCCUUCAUAUCUACAUCUCCAAGCAUAAUGUAAACUAUUCACCCUCCUCCUAGCGCCAUCAUUCUAAACACAUUUACAUUAAACUACAAGUGGGCCAAGCUACAGUGGCUUUUCAUAUUGCAUAUUUAAAGACAUUCUGCUCUCUGUGGCCCCAACCUCUGGCACAUGGUUUAACUAGCCUGAAGUGCUGUCACCAAGCCCCAGAAAUAAAGACUACACUACUGCUACCACAGGAAAUGUGGCCUGCGACACAUUGUCAUGGAUGGGGGCGAUUCGGACACAGUGGAAAUAAACACUUGUCGAGUGAGUUUUUACAUUUAACUUUAAUGCCAAAUGUUAUUUUCCUCUACUUGGUUUUUAUUCCAAACCAAAUAAGUAUUUUGUUAACCUAUGAUCAUUGCCUUCCUGGUUCGGUGUUGAACAUGAUGACAUAAGGGGAAAGAUGCCAGAACACUUUUGCAACAGAUAUUAUGCACUGGUUCAGGAUAUUGUUUAGGUUUUGUUGUCGUAACUUAAAUCGAUUCAGUUCUUUCCAUUGACUUUCCAGUGUGUAGAUAAAGUGCUUCCAUUUAUUUUUGUGGUGAUAUGACGCUAUUCAAUUAACAAUAUAAUAUAUUUUGAUAUGAAACUUUUUCUGCUUCUUCAUCCCUGUUUUAUUUUCUUCUUGAAAAGUGUACUCCAUUACUUUUUUAACAGGUCAUAGAUUUUUUGAAUGUGUUAAUGAUAGUUUGAGGUAGUUUGAUGUUUGAGGCUUGAUGGACUUGCACAAGAGAUUACAACAAUAUUUUACAUUUCGGUCAACUAUUUCUUAAAUUCAUAUUAUCUUCCAGUAAUUCAUAUUACUUUCCAGUUGAGGCAGUAUUUUUCAAACAGACACGGUCCAUGGGGUAAACUGAUUCGAAGGACUAUGUUUUUCUAUUAGUGUUAUUUUAUCCCAGCAAAUUAACUUUUCAACAUGGAGCAUACUUACGUCAUGUGUAAUGCUUUACCCAAAACUAUGCAUUUAUAAAAGUUAAUUGCUAGAAUGGGGUUAAAACAUAUUGGCCAUUUAAAAUAUCAGCACGGUAAUCAAUAUGUUUUGAAAGUGCUUGAUGAUUUGUUGAUACAGUAUUUAUUUGUAGGCCGCAAUAUUUCAGUACAGAAUUUUACCAUGAAUCUUUCCUCAGUUUUGACUUCCUCAGUCAAAAAUAUGAAUUCAGUAAAAUACUAUCCAGUGUUGAAUAUGCAACUAACUAAGAACUAAUCAUAACAUGCACCUCCACUCAACCACCAUGAUAUUCACUCAUCCAUUUAAUAGUCAUGGAUUGAACUCUUAUGCCCUGACCAUGUGAAGGAUCACUGCACUUGGGAAAAUGCUAUAUGGAUUUAUUGUAACCAAUUGCUUAUUAAGGUGCAUUAUUACUAGCAACCUGUCCAGGGGGUAUACUUGUACAUCAAGCUGCCUCAUGCUACAGAAACAGGAGAUAGGCUCCAGGGUUGGGGUCAAUUCCAAUUAAAAUUGAAUUUUAAUUCAAUUAAGAAUCGACCUGGAAUUUGAAUAGAAUACAUGGAAAUUAAAAGGCAGAAGGAAUUGAAUUGGAAUUGAAUUGAUGGAAUUUACCCUGACCCUGAUAGGCUCCUGCCCUACGGGACAAGGGGCAGGGGCUCGGACAAGGCUUACUUUGUUUAUGUUAUUCAAGAUGGAAAUUACACUUACUGCUCUGAAUAGAGAACUUCAAGAAGGUCUAACGUAUUCUAGAACACUGACACAUUCUAGAACAAGAAUUGUAUGUUUAACUUAAUUGCUCAGCGGAUCAAUGUUCAAAGUAUGGAAGAGAUUGGAAUGUUCACUGAUGGGGAAAACUCCAUUGGACUGAUAGGACUUCCUACCCUUCAUAUCAACCUGACCUAUCAUAAUGUCAAAUAUUAUUGACAAUGAAGGAAGUUCAUAUAAUAUUUGGCAUAUAGGACAGUGUAAUAUGAACAUUUUAAAAGUAUGAAAUUCAACUAGCAUGUUAUGAUUUGUUAGUAAUUGCUGAUAACAACAGCUGUUUGGUUCUGUUUAUUGUAUUUGUAAUAUAUCAGAUGCCCUGGUUAUGGUGAUGCACUCACCACCCAGUGAUAGAGAUGGACAGAAAUAACCAGUCAUGAACUGAACUGUACACAAAAAUGGAAACGUUUUUAUUUAUGUAUUUUUAUUAAUUUUUAGCACAAGUUGGAAUGGCCUUAAUUUUGUUUUACUUGCUUAAAUAUUGUGUAUUGGCACAAAGUGCACAUCUUAAUUUGCUAGUUACAGUUAUCAUAAUAAUCCAAGAGUGCACUUCAGAAGAAGGAAAAAAGUUCAGCAAAUCUUUUUUAUUUUUCAUUAAAAUGUGAAAACACUGAAUAUUUUGCAUGAAUAUAAAUACAAUGGCAGAUAUUUUGGGCUUGUACAAAAAUGUGAGCAAUUUGAAGAAAAAAGGAAUGUACAAUUUCUGCUGUAAAUGUAUAUAACUAAAUAUUUAUUGAAAUAUGUCAUUAUAAGUAAUUCGAAUUACAAUUAAAGGUUUUCUGAACAAACA